UGUUGGCCUGCCUGGGAUCCGGCCGUGGACAUGGACCUUCUGGACCAGUUGCCCCAUUGACUUUGCCUGUUAUUGUGCAUUUAUGCCUCUCGAGUUGUCUCAAUAAAGGUCUCUGAAGCUUUCACGUGAAAAAACACAUUACAGACCCUCAAGCAAUGAUGGCUGCACGAUGUUUUAGGCACAAAUGUUUUAUGCCACAAGGCAACUUGAUGAUUGGAGUUGGGGGAUAUGCAUGCUGCCAUGUUGCUUCUGCAGUCUUAUUAAUUCUGUGAUCUUUUUGCCUGUCUGUUCUUGGAGUGAGAUCCAUGAGUAUGUUUCCACUUGCCAUCCGCGCAUUCUGUGUCACUCGUUUGCUUUUCAUUAUGUUGCUUUCUUCCAGAGAUGUUUAUCUUCAAAUAGUGAUACUGUCACCUGUUUCCUUGCACUUGAAUGAGAAAUCCUAAUAAAGCUAGAAACUCUGAAUCAUCUGCUACUUUCCAGAUAGUGACCCUGAAUAUGGCCAAAGUGAAACUGAAAAAAUAGCUGUUCCAGUUCCUCCGGUUACAGUUCAUUGCCAUGAAAAGGAGGAUAUGAUAGUUUGCCCUAUGAAACAGGUUUAUAUGUGAAAUCUGGCAGGUAGUACAACGACCUGUGGAAUAUGAGUGAUGACAAACCCUUUUUAUGCACUGCCCCUGGAUGUGGCCAGCGUUUUACCAAUGAGGAUCAUUUGGCUGUCCAUAAACAUAAACAUGAGAUGACACUGAAAUUUGGUCCGGCUCGUAAUGAUAGUGUCAUUGUGGCUGAUCAGACACCAACACCAACUCGAUUCUUGAAGAACUGUGAAGAAGUGGGCUUAUUCAAUGAAUUAGCAAGUCCUUUUGAAAAUGAAUUUAAAAAGGCUUCUGAAGAUGACAUUAAGAAAAUGCCUCUAGAUCUGUCUCCUCUUGCAACACCAAUUAUAAGAAAUAAAAUUGAAGAACCUUCUGUUGUAGAGACAACUCAUCAAGAUAGUCCUUUACCUCAUCCAGAGUCUACUACCAAUGAUGAAAAGGAAGUGUCACUGCAGCAGACAGCACAGCCUACAUCAACAAUAGUUCGUCCAGCAUCGCUACAGGUUCCUAAUGUACUACUUACGAGUUCUGACUCAAGUGUUAUUAUUCAGCAGGCAAUACCAUCACCAACAUCAAGUACUGUUAUUACCCAGGCUCCAUCCUCUAACAGACCAAUAGUUCCAGUUCCAGGUCCUUUUCCUCUGCUGUUACAUCUUCCUAAUGGACAAACCAUGCCUGUUGCUAUUCCUGCAUCUAUCACAAAUUCUAAUGUGCAUGUCCCUGCUGCAGUUCCAAGAUUGAAAGCAGCCUUGACCCAGCAGCACCCUCAGGUAACAAAUGGAGAUACUGCCAAGGGACAUACAAGUGGGUUGGUUAGAACUCAGUCAGAGGAACCACGACCACAAUCACUACAACAGCCUGCAACUUCAACAACUGAAACACCGGCAUCACCAGCUCAGCCUACGCCACAAACACCAAAUACCGGUGGUCGUCGAAGAAGAGCUGCCAAUGAAGACCCUGAUGAGAAAAGAAGAAAAUUCCUGGAGCGAAACCGGGCUGCUGCUUCCAGAUGCCGACAGAAACGGAAAGUCUGGGUGCAGUCAUUGGAGAAAAAAGCCGAGGACCUGAGCUCGCUCAAUGGCCAGUUACAGAAUGAAGUCACCCUGCUGAGAAAUGAAGUGGCACAGCUGAAACAGCUUCUUCUGGCUCAUAAAGAUUGCCCUGUAACCGCCAUGCAGAAGAAAUCUGGCUAUCAUACUGCAGAUAAAGAUGACAGUUCAGAAGACAUAUCAGUGCCAAGCAGUCCACACACGGAAGCUAUUCAGCACAGUUCUGUCAGCACUUCCAACGGCGUAAGCUCAACUUCCAAGGCAGAAGCGGUGGCCACCUCCGUUCUCACCCAGAUGGCGGACCAGAGCACAGAGCCGGUGCUUUCCCAGAUCGUCAUGGCACCUCCCUCCCAGUCGCAGCCUUCAGGAAGUUGAUUAAAAACUUGCAUUGCAUCAGUUUCUUAGAUACACAUUUGUGACUUUAAAGGGAAAUCAACAAAAGACCAGUCUCCAUCUAGGAGAAAUUGUAGCUUAAAAUUACUCGUUUUUAAAAAUCCAAUUUAAAUUUGGCUUUAACGAUUGGCAGGUGAAGAUGAGGCAGAACACCACUUCUAGUCUCUUUGCAAAAGACUUUUUUUUUUUUUAAGUAUUAGUUUUACUAGUUAUUUUUUGUGCUUAAUGUGUAAAGUGUGUGUACAGUACAAUGUGGUUUAUUUCAUUUUUAAUUCGGUAUUAUUUCAACAAACAUUGGGGUGAAUUACUAAAGGUCAUCCCCAAGACUGUGAUAGUAAUAUUAUGUGACAUUUUUAUACCAAAGUUCUGCAUAGUCCCUAUUGACUUUGUAACGUUAGCAAGGUCAUAAAGCACUAGGCAAGAGAAAGACAGUAACAGUAAAUUUGCUUUUAGUCUUUUUGCCUUUUUGUUGUUUUGCACAUUAUGAGAGGAAGAACAUUGGGAGAUAAACAUUUGGGUUGGUUUAUGUAUAGCAUUUUGGUUGGCUUUUUAACUGUUGGGGUUUUUAAUUUGUUUAAUAGGGCCAGUACAGUAUAUGAGAUACAGUACUCUUAUGCACAUACCUAUCCUAGAUGAAGAUCAUUACUAAAUAGAGUUGAUUUUUUUUUUAAUUUUAAAUUGAUGUCAGGUGGUUUUUUUGUCCCCGCCAACACUUUCAUUCUGGGGGGAGGAGAGCUUUAUUUCUCCAGUCAGAAUAGGUAUCUAUAAGUACCCUUUGUUGCUAGGCUGAAACCAGUAAGCAUAUUGUAAAGUACAGGGUUAUCAAAUACGGAAUAUUUAGUAUUCCGAAGUAGGUUGAUAUUUUGUGGACUUUUGAGUCGCAGACUAAGGAGUUUACUCAUGGUUUUGGAUGCCAGAAAAGCCUAAAAUCCUUCUUCAGACAACUCAAGACUUUUUUUUGUCAUUGUCUUGUAUUUGCAAGCUAACUUGUACUUAAUUCUUGUGUAAGCACUGUCAUCUUUUAGUAGCAAAAAUUUUGAUACCUUUCUUGUGGAAAAAAAAAAAAAAUCAGUAUCUACCGUAUCUUGGAAACAAUGUAAUUAUAAUGUGGUGUGUGUGGUGUGUGCGUGAGAAUGGUUCAGUAGUUAAUGCCAGCAGUCUUUUGCUUGAAUGUUUAAAGAUGCCUUCAAUGUGAUGCUGGCUGAUAGGUGAUUGCAGUUUUAAAAUGUUAUUUACUGUGCGAACUUGGAUAACUAACAUUCCAUGAUGUAGUUUGUUUCUGAUGAGAUGAUUGUAGGUACACUUUUUCUCAUUAUCCAAUCAUCUGUAGGAUAUUGAGUUUUUUAAAUGUGCCAUUAUCUAUUUUGAUUCUGUACUCAUGUUCCAAAUACAGUACAAUAUUUUACAAUAGAUUAAGUUGUUUAAAAAAAGUAGAUGUGUGCUUUCAGGUCAGAAAACUUUGUAUAAUAGCAAAAACAGAUGCAUAGUAGCAACUGGCAGUAAAGCAGGAUUCCAUUAUGUAUAUAACAAAGAUUUAAUGCAUUUAUAAUGGGUUGUGUAGUUCAUUUGCUCUUCCUUCUCCACACUAUACUAUGUGUUUUUAAGUGUCAGUGCCAUCAAGUUUCUAUUUGAUUCCGUUUUGAAUCUAAAAAUGUAAUUGAUCCACAGGAAAAUCAUAAUUUCUACAAUAUAUAUACAACCAUACUAUAAUGAAAACUGGACAAAGAAGUAUCUAAGUCAUAUGUGUAUCAUUGCAGGGCUUUAAGCAUGAAAAUAAUAGGGAUUCUAAAUAUUUUGUAUUUUAAAACUAAGAAAGUUGAGUUGAUAACCUCAUGUGUUUAAAAGUCUUACUUUCCCAAUUCCAAGAUAAAAAGCUGUCACAGUUAUUGAACGUUUCCAGGAUGAUGAAAUACAGUGGACCUCUUGUGAGAAGGAAAUUAAUGUCAAAGGCACAAAAUGUGAAUUCUGCGAGAAAGCUAUACAGUCACUUUUCAUUGUAGUUUUGGUGGACUAGAUAAGGCCUCAUUGAUUCUGCUAUAAUUUGCUCUCCUAAACACAAAGGCUUUUAAAUCAUAUUUAUAUAAGUGGAGUUUUUUUAUAACAAAACUGUCGCGCUUGUAAAAUAAGUCUACAUAAGUGUAUAGGAGAUGUGUAAACAGUUAAUGAAUUUAACAGUGGGGCUGGAAAAAGAACCAUUAAAAUCUGUGUUCAGCAAAUAGAGAAAAGUUAUUUGUCGUACUACCAUGGAUUCCAUUUUGAGACGUAUGUCACACUACUUCUGUACUUAGCAUUUUGGGUCUUUACAUUUGACAUGUUUCACAAACUGUACUGUUUUCUUUUAUGUGCAGUUUGCAUGAGUAAAUCAUCAAAGAGAA